AUGUCCCGCGUGACCAACCCUCUGGUGGAGUUCAACCCCAACCAGUCGUCUCUGAGCGUGGAGGGCGACGACAUCGACGCCUUCGACAAAGUGAUGCAGCAUAUCUCCUACCUGAACUCCCGUCAGUUCCCCACGCCCGGGAUCAGGCACCUCCGCGUGUCCACCACCGUCAAGUGCUUCAAGGAGGAGGCGUGCGUGACGGUGCCGGACGCCGAGGGCUAUGUGAUGGUGCUGCAGCCGGAGGAGCCCAAGAUCAGCCUGAGCGGCAUCGACCACUUCGCCCGCGGCGCCGCCGAGUUCGAGUCCCCGGAGGGCGUGACGCUGUUCCCCGAGCUGCGCAUCGUCAGCACCAUCACCCGCGAGGUGGAGGCCGAGGUGGAGGCGGAGGCCGAGGCCGAGGCCGAGGCCACCCCCGCCGGGGCGGAGGACGACCCCACAGUCCAAGAGACGGUGGUCUCGGAGGAGAUCAUGCACAACCUGGACACCUGUGAGGUGAGCGCCGUGGGCGACGAGCUGGACGGAGAGCACGAAAGCCUGGAGCUGGACCCCGCCCAGCUGACGCAGCGCAGCCUGGAGAUGACCUCCUCUACCCUGGGCCUCGUCAUCACAGGGGUCAGCACCAUGGCGCAGUACGAGACGGUGCUCCACCUCAUCCGCUACAAGAACUGGCACACUGAGGCGCUGUUCGACAGGAAGUUCAAGCUGGUGUGCUCCGAGCUCAACGGCCGCUACAUCAGCAACGACUUCAAGGUCGAGGUGAACGUGAUCCACACAGUGAACCCCAUGGAGCACGCCAACGACGCCAUGGUCCAGCCCAACUUCAUCAACCCCGUGCACCAUGCCUCCGUGGACCUGUCCGGACACAACCUGGUCAACCCCCACCAGGCCUCAGUGGUGCCCAGUGCUGCCACCGUGGUCAUCGUGGUGUGCGUGAGCUUCCUGGUGUUCAUGAUCGUCCUGGGCGUGUUCCGCGUGCGGGCGACCCACCAGGGAGCCGCCCGCGACCAGGAGGCCGGCAAGGAGAACGAGAUGGACUGGGACGACUCGGCCCUCACCAUCACCGUCAACCCCAUGGAGACCUACGAGGACCAGCACAGCAGCGAGGAUGACGAGGAAGAGGAGGAGGAGGAGGAGAGCGAGGACGGAGAGGAGGAGGAUGACAUCACCAGCGCCGAGUCCGAGAGCAGCGAGGAGGAGGAGGGAGCAGAGGAGGAAGGCCAGCAGGGGGCCAGCAGACAGCAGCAGCUGGAGUGGGACGACUCCACCCUCACCUACUAGACACACACGCACACGUACGCACACACCCAUCUCAAAACACACAACACCCCUCAGCACACACACACACACACACACACACACACACACGUUGCACCCUGCACACCUACCCCCUUUGCACUCACACCCAUGCACACAGGAACACACACACACACUCUCUCUCUCUCUCUCUCUCUCUCUCUCUCUCUCUCUCUCUCUCAGUUACCAAUUCCUUUCCACAGAGCCAUGAUGUAAAAAAGCUAAACAAAACAAAAAGUCCCGUCAGGCUAUAUAUGGUCAACAGUUUCCUGUCCCUUACCCUAGUGGUGGAGUUUGGUAGUAUAGAAAACACCCGAUUGCUGAUUUUUUGUUUUAUUUUAUUUCUUUAUUUAUUGCGUUUUAAUUCCGGGAGAACUUGGCCUGUAUAGGUACGCUUGGUCUGAAAUAUGUGAGGGAUCUGGACAUUCACUUUUACAUAUUCUCAGAGAUUAGGCAAAUGGAGAAUGCUUCUUUUUUUUAUUGUAUAUUCCUUAAGCAUCAGUUUUCAGAAUUUCUUCUUGGGGUUAAAAUGAAC